AUGCCCAAAAAGGAAAUAGUCUCGACAGACAAAAUCACUGCAGGCAGCGCUCCUCUGUCGCAGGGGGUGAAGUUCGGCAAUCUGAUCUUCGUGCAGGGCUGUACCGGACGGCAUCCAACCGAUAACUCCGUAGGUAAGGACAUCAAGGAACAGACCCGCUACGCCUUGGAGCGCAUUUCCGCUAUCCUUGAGGCAUCGGGUUCGUCACUGGAUCAGGUGCUAACCAACACCUGCUACGUCACUAACCGGGAGGACCUGCCGGGAUUCAACGAUGUAUAUUCUGAAUUCUUCACGGCCGACCGCCCGGCCCGUACCACGGUCAUCGUGAAUUUUGGGGCCCCCGACAAUCUGGUGGAGGUCACCAGCACCGCCGCCAUCCCGGACUAG